AUGGACGGAUAUGUUACUAUUUCUGCCUAUGAGGGUGUGUUGUUCGGUGGACUGCCUACCUAUUUCUGGCCUGAUGACACUCCGGGAGUAGGCCCUGCUAUGGAAGGUCUUACGUGCGCAUGCAAUUUCGGACCCUGGUCAUCAGUUGACGAGACUGGUCAAGGUGCACACUUUGAAGUGGAGCAAAAGUACCCAGAGAUGGAAAUGGAUAGUGCUGAUGUGUUAUUCAUGAUGCAAACCGAAGUUGUGGCAUGA